GUUCCCCCCAUCACUUUUAUAGCCCUGUAUAAUAGCCAUCACUCGCAUGCAUCCUCCCUUGUCACCAGAAGCACACAUUUUCUGGCAAACUCUUGGAGCUAACCAUCAUGAUCAUCAAGAACUAUUUCAUUUUCAUCGAAGCACUCAUAAUCUUUAUGCAAUAUGAUUGGGCAGAUGGUGCGUCAAUGUCAAAAACAGGGAAGUACUCGCCCCCCAACCUCGUGAACUCGCCGACGUUGCCACCAUUCAAAGACUUGAUCGGCGGCGGCGGCGGGCCAUCAACUGGUGCAGCCAAUGGCGUUCCGCCACCUCCCUACUGCUUGUACCCUCCCCACGCAAAACCUGCCAUGCCAGCCCCGUUGCCUCCGAUGGCGAGCCCGCCAGGCGCGUCCCCGCCGGCCGGCUCGCCGUCCAUCGCGCCGGGCAUCAUCAGCCCGCCCGGCGCGUCCCCGCCGGCCGGCUCGCCGACGACGUCCAUCACGCUGGGUGGCAGCCCGCCGCCGCUCGCGUUCAUGCCGCCGGUGGCGUUCCCGGAGCCCCCGCCUCGGGGGCCGCCUGGGCUGUGGUGCGUGGCGAACCCGAAGGCUGCGAGCGCCGUGGUGCAGACGGCCAUGGACUACACGUGCGGGUCGGGCGCGGACUGCGGCACGGCGGCGCCCGGCGGGCAGUGCUACCUGCCGGACACGCUCGCGACGCACGCGUCCUACGCCUUCAACAGCUACUGGCAGCGCACCAAGGCUGCCGGCGGGACCUGCAACUUCGCCGGCGCCGCCGUGCUCGUCACCAGAGACCCCAGUUAUGAUGGUUGCAGAUACGUGUACAUGUGA